ACUUAGACGACUUAUUGUACCCAUAGAGAUGUAUACUAACUACGUACUGAUCUGUGUGUGUAUCAUAGAGUUAACUUAGGUUUAUAACUCUAUGGUGUGUAUACCGGUAUUUGUAUACCGUACCGCUAGCUGAGCUUCGUUUCGGAUCUUUCGCAGCGAGCUAGCUAGCUAGCUCUGCUUAAAUCGACAGCGGGAGCCUGCCUCCGAGUUCCGCCCUACCGACGGCCGAGGCACAUCGAACGACCGAUCAUUCGUACCGCGGCGUAGCCAAACUGUCCCCCCGAGCUUACUUACUUAAGUUGUAUUGUAAAAAAAUUGUAUGACACUGAAUGUGACAGUCCUUCUCAAGACUCAAGCCAGCUGAUGAGUUAAUACUCCUGAGCCUGAGGUCCCCUCUGUUUCAUUUUAUUGCUCCAAAAUCAGAGAGACGUUCAAUAAUGUCUACAGAAGAUGGGGGAUUUUCCUCCUCGAGCUCAACAAAUUUCCUUGCCGGUGCAAACAGCAGUGAUACGAUACAGGAGGAAAUGUACACACCUGUAAGAGUGCUUGGAAAGGGAGCUUUUGGUGAAGCAGUUCUCUACAGGAAAACAGAGGACAAUUCGUUGGUGGUAUGGAAGGAGGUGAAUUUGACGCGUUGCUCUGAGAGAGUCAUGUAUGAUGCUCAGAAUGAAAUAGAGAUCCUCUCAAUGUUAAAUCAUGCAAAUAUAAUCUCUUAUUUCAAUCAUUUCUUGGAUGAGCAAUCACUUUUCAUUGAAAUGGAGUAUGCCAAUGGAGGCACCCUUUAUGAGAAAAUUGUUCAUCAAGAUGGUACACUGUUUGAAGAAGAGCUGGUGUUAUGGUAUCUGUUCCAAACUGUUGCUGCUGUGGCAUAUAUUCAUCAAAUAGAUGUCCUUCACAGAGAUAUUAAGACACUCAAUAUAUUCUUGACGAAAUCUGGAUUGAUAAAGCUUGGAGACUUUGGCAUCUCUAGAGUUUUAGGGGAUGAUAAAAUGGCAGAAACGGUUGUUGGGACUCCAUUGUACAUGUCACCAGAAUUAGUAAAAGGACAGCAAUACAAUGCUAAGAGUGACAUAUGGGCAAUUGGAUGUGUGCUUUAUGAACUUCUCACUCUCAGAAGAGUAUUUGAGGCUUCGAACCAGUUGAAGGUUGUAUGGGGGAUCGUACAGAAGGAACAUGAGGAUAUUGAUGAACGAUACAGCAAAGAGAUGCACAGCUUAGUUACACAACUCCUAGCCAAGGAACCAGAAAAGAGACCAAGUGCUGCUGAAAUCAUGGCAAACCCAUUGCUGAAUGACAAGAAAAAAGAACGAGAAAGGAAGGUUUGGGAGCUGAAUGGCAUAGUGAGGAAAGCUAAAAGUCAAAGCAGCUUCCAAGCAGAAACGGUACCAGUUGUUACUUUCACAAACAGUGAGGUAUUUUACUGGGGUGGGGGUCGCCUGACUCCUCUGAAGCUUGAAGCAUUCAAAGAUGGAAACAGAGCAUUACAAGUGGCAGCAGGCCACUCACACUUUGCUGCUGUCACUGUAGAGAAGGAAAUUUUUACUUGGGCUAAUGUCCAUGGUGGUCAAGAGUUAGUUGGUCAGCUUGGACACGGAGAUACAGCUUGUUACAAAGCUCCAAAAAAGGUUGAAAAGCUGCAGGGUAUACCGGUCAAGGCAGUAUCAUGCGGGGAAGAGUUCACCGCUUGUGUCACAGAUGAAGGGAAGUUAUACACAUUUGGCUCAGACUACUAUGGUUGUUUAGGAAGAGGCGAGGACUAUGAACCCGAAGAUGAUGAUGACAACGAUGAGGAAGAAGUGAAGAGUCCUAUCAUGGUAUCAUUCUUUGACGAGAGACCUGUAGAUAAGAUAUCAUGUGGUGAUAAUCACAUCUUAGCUCUGACUCAAGACAAACAGGUCUACUCAUGGGGAUGUGGAGAGUUUGGACGGCUUGGAAUUGGCACUGAAGAUGAUUGUAGGCUGCCUCAGAAGGUAACAUUCCAAGGUAAGAAGGAGAUCAAGACAGUCUGUGCUGGUUCUGAAGGGUCAUUCUUCCUUACCACUGAUGGCAAGAUGUAUGCUUGUGGUAGCAAUGAACAUAAUAGAUUAGGAUUCAACACCGUCACAGCUGGUCUCAGGAAGAGAAUAGUCAAGGAGUGCUAUGAUAUCCCUUAUAAGGAUGUACCUACAUUAGUGAAACCUCUUAACAGAUAUAAUAUCAAGGCUAUUUCAGCUGGACAUACACACUCUGCUACUAUUGAUAGUUUCGGUCGUUUGAUCAUGUUUGGUUCCAAUCAAUAUGGUCAGUUAGGUGUAGGAGAUUGUAAAGGAAGAUCAGGAAUAUGUGAAGUAAAAGGCGUUCUUACUGGCAAACAUGUAGUAUCAGCAAGCUGUGGAGAUGGCUUCACUAUAAUUGCUACCACAGACAACCAGAUCUUUUCAUUUGGUCAUGUUGAUAGCGGUCGUUUAGGUCAUGGUGAUGACCUUUCUGGUAGUCAUAAGAAGAAACAAUCUAUCUCUACUCCUAAACCUGUAUUCGGAUCUCUUCAUAUGGUCUCUGGUCUCUCUUGUAGAUACUGGCAUACCAUUAUCAUUGCAGAAAAAGUUUUAUCUAAAUCAAAGACGUUCCGCUCACCACGGAUGGAUAGUACAUCAAGCAAAGAAAGCUUUGAUCAAGAGAGCGAGAAGAGCACCCCUGAUCCAACACCUGUAAGAAGCUCUCAGAGUGUUGAAUCAAGACAGUCAUCACUGCAAGUCCCAUCUGCCAAUCAUACACCAGAGACAUCAUCAAAUGAUGUAGAACAUUACACAGGGAGUUCUGGACAAGAGACCGGUGGCAGUGUGAGCCAAAGAGAUGAAAGAAGUAAUGGAGGGGGAGAUGAUGAUGAUGAUGAGAAUAGUGAAGAAAGCAGCAUGCCACCAUGGCUUAAAAAUGAGCUGGAGGAAGCUGAAUUUAUUCCCAUGCCAACGAUAGAGUCUGUAAAUAACGAUAGGACGGAUUCUGCCACUCCUAUCAAUAACGAUCCAUCUCAACACAACUCUACAACAAACAAACUCCCAUCAGAUAAACCCACAUUAGAUGGUACAGGUUCUACAGACAGUGGUUUCCAUCGUCCUCACUUUGUACCUCCUCUAAGCUUUGCAGCACUCUCACAGUCUGGGGAUUCUUUCAAGAUGGGUUUAGCUAGAGAUGCAGAGGUGGAAGCUCUGAGAGACAGGGUCACACAUCUAGAAAAUGAGAACCAGAAGCUGUUUAACAUGGUGUCUGACCAGCAAGCACGUCUUCUAGAGCUGGAGAAGCGAUUGACACAGAUAGAGGGAACAGGGGUAUGAUCUUUAAUUUGUCUGUUUCAAAACAAGAGACUGUCUUCACGAUGCUUUAUAAUCCUCUAACAUCAUCAUCAUUUGUGACUUGUGAGAUUGAUGAAAGAUUCAGAGAAUCAACCUUGUACCAUGCUUCUGAGCUAGGCCAUUGUUGUGCUUCGUACCUUGUGGUUCCACAUUAUGCAGUGCAUUAAGAAAGCCAGUCAAGGUCUCCUGGUAAUCUUCUUUCCAGUGUAGAUGACUUUUUAGGAUUCUGAUCAUCUAACAAUCACUGCUUGAAUGAUUUAUCAUUGAUGGGAAAAAGGACCUUGAAUCGCCGGGGGCGGUAUUCUCAAAACCGUGUUAGCUAACAAGAUUUGUAUUCUGAAAAUCGUGUUAGCAUGAAAAGCAUGUGGCCCAAGUGGUAACACCGCGCAUGGCCGCAGUGCGCGAAGCGCAACUCCCAUACGUGGUGUUAGGGAGGAAGAUAACACGAAAUUUGGUAUUCUGAAAAUGGUGUUAGCAAAAAUUUUGUUCAAAGAUAACACAAACAUUUAACACUGCACUAAGGAGGAGUUAAGUUGGGGAUGACGAUGGCUGCACUUUUUCUAGCAGACGCAAACGUCAAAAACAACAUAAACUGGCAUAAAGCUAUCGUAUGGCAGAAAUUCCUGUAAUUUUCUUUCAUUUUUUUCCUGCAUUUUUUGGCCCUCGAUCUACCUUUCUCUCUACUAACAAUGUCUUGAACUUCCUGUGAAAAUACCCUUCAAACUCGUCUUUAACUUGGCUUACGUAGAAAUCAUAUGCUCAUAAAUGAUUUAUUUGGUUACUUUUUCCAUAUUGUAAAACAGGACAAAAAGGAGAGGAAGAAAAUUAAAGACAGCAUAAAAAAAGCAUAAACAGCAAUUAAAAAGAAUGUAAUUGUUAAGAACAUGGAAUUGGGGAAGCUUCUAUAAUAUUUGCAAAAUUUUUCCCCUUUCAAUAAGCAACUCAUAGUUUCAACGACUGGAAUUUUUUGGCUGAUCAUUCUGCACACCAAAUUAUUAUAAAGAAUUGUGCGCAGCGCACCCAAAAAAUACAAUUUUGUAUGUGUGAUAAUUAACAUUUCUAUGUCAAGUUUAGUGUUCAUUAAAAGUGCUUUUCAUGCUUCUUAAAGGACAAGUCCACCCCAACAAAAAGUUGAUUUGAAUAAAAAGAGAAAAAUCCAACAAGCAUAACACUGAAAAUUUCAUCAAAAUCGGAUGUAAAAUAAGAAAUUUAUGACAUUUUAAAGUUUUGCUUAAUUUCACAAAACAGUUAUAUGCACAUCCUGGUGGGUAUGCAAAUGAGGAGACUGAUGACAUCAUCCACUCACUAUUUCUUUUGUAUUUUAUUAUAUGAAAUAGGGAAUAUUCUAUUUUUCUCCUUAUUGUCAAGUGAAACAACGAUUAAUUCCUCCCUGAACAUAUGGAAUGGGCAUUGCUUAAUACUAUAUGAUUCAGUCAAGUUGGUCCUUAUUGUCAAAUCUAU